CUGCAGCAUCACGGCUCUCAGUAGGCGCAUUCCAGUUGGCGAGUGAAUUGUGAAAUACGCGGCUUCAAAUCCAAUAUGGCACCGUCCUCCAUAUUGAAGGGCAUAGUUCUAGUGCUGCCAAGUGUCUUCGCCUGUGCAGUUUCAAUCGUUACGAUGGAUAAGGAGGCCAUGGCUACGCAUGAAUGUGACGCUGAUACAGCGAUGGUGGUUCCAAAUUUUAAGGCAAACUGGUUCAAAGCGACCGAGUACUGCCACUAUCUGGGCCGCAAUCUGGUCAUGGUGGGUUCGCCAGAAAAGCAAGCGGUCGUGGCCAAGGUGAUCGAAGCGACGGACAAGGCAGGAGACAACUCGUUUUGGAUCGGCGGUAGCGAUCUGGCCGAGCUGGGAAACUUCCACUGGCACUCGAUGGGUACCCGGUUCGUGUGGCACAACUGGAACGAACUGUCGGAUUCGCCGAUGACCGGCGAUAACCGGAAGGACGAUCGAUGUGUGCUGCUCGGGAAUCAGAACGACGAAGGGUCGCCGGAUGGGUUCAAGUGGAUCGUGGUGAACUGCUGGGAUGAGUACUAUUUCGUUUGCGAGAGGCCGAUUUAUCAGAAAUGAAAAGUGAAUUUAAGGAUUUUGUCAAAAUACACUUCAAACUUUAUUAA